AUGUGCGCCUGCCUUGUGCACCUUCCUUCGGAGAGGCCUUUUGAGGAGGAGCUUCAAAGAACUCGGGCCCGAGCGUUGGCUCGCAAGGAGAAGUUUGAGCGCGACAAGAAAGUCCUGCAGUAUGUGCAGAGCCAGACAGGCGUGCGAAAAAAGGAGCCUCUUCGAGGAGAGCUGUCGCAGCUCCACAGUGGAUUCUGGAAAACCACUGAGAUCAGGCGUUGGGUGGAGCUUGACGAGCACACCGGUGUCCUGGUGAUUUGGACUCAAAGGCCUCCGAAGGGCCUCGUCUACAAGAUCGAGGAGCUUCAUGCGCGGAAGACGUGGUCCUUGUGUAACAGAGGGAAGCAGGACAAAGCAAUUCCGAUUGGUGUGUAUGACAUGAAGGAUCUUCAGGACGUGGACGCCUGCAAGCCAUACUUGAGCAUCUUCGUUCACUUCCGGAGGAAAGGCCUUAUCUUGAUUGCUCCUGGUGAGGAGGAAUUCGAGCACUGGCUGAAUGCCUUGGGCCACUUCGUCGGCGUGAGCAGUAGCACCUUCAAGUGGAAGCAGACGCAGACAGGACCUGCAGGAUGA